AUGCCCUCCGGCCGGACCGUUGCAACAUCUCGGGAAGGUUCCAGGGGAGGCCGGCCGCAACGCUGGAGAUGGUGGAUGACCAGCCGGCCAUGCCCUCCGGCCGGAGCAUUGCAAUGGCACCGUUGCAAACGUUCCGGCCGGACCCUGGGGCUGCUCCGGCCGGCCUCCGGGUCAACGUUCCAAACGGGCAAAUCUCACUCCGGGUCUACCGUUCCGAACGGGUGCAGGGAUGACGAGGAGGUGCGAGCGGGCGGGCGCGAGGGCGAGCGAGGGGCCCACGAACGGGCGGACGGACGGGCACGGGCGGACGGGCGAAUGAGUGCGCGAGCAGGCGGGCUCAGGGCGGGGACUGGCACAAGACACAGACGAGCACCGCAUGCACGACGACCCCAGGCGCACUGGGCGAAUGCCCGGCGCGCAGAUACGGCCGACGAACGCGCAGGCAGCACUGCCCUCAAGUUUGCACUGCCUUCAAGUUCGCACUGCCAUCGAUCUAAGUCCAAGUAUGCUGUCGCUGCUAAGGCGACUGAUCUCAGAGCACCAAGAGGCGGCGCAUACGACACAUGGGAGUCCAUCGGGCACAGGCAGUUCAGUACCAGUACAAGGUCGGCUCGUAAAAAUGCACAGCAGCCGGCUCAUUUCCCACUGCCGCCCUGUCCCAGAGCUGGCAUACAAUGGAUUGCCAGUGAGAAUCAGCCUCGUGCUGCCUGGGAAAUGACGACGAAGCCCCACGAAGCGGCCAGCACCACAGUCGUCAAUCUCUUGAACACUCUGACAGCCUAUGAUCUCAAGGAUGAAAUUGCAAGCUGCGCGGACCUACUCUUGGAACCACAGCGAGCGUCGUACGGAGACAAGCACGAGACACUCUCGCAGCUGGCCAAACGAUGCACCAAUAUGGAUCACAAGAGGGGUGCUUUCGACUUCCAUCUUAUGGUGGCGCUCAUGAAGUUCAGCUUUGAGUGUGCAAGUCUGUCAGGAUGGGUGAACAUCAAUAUUUCCGCUUUAUGGCGCGAGCACCUUUCGACAGAGGCCAAACCCCCCAGUGUUCGCACCGUACAAGCCUGGUAUUCGAGAGGUACCAAGCUAGCAAGGCUAGCGGCUGGAGAUGCAGAGAGCCCUGUUGGACGACUUGUCCUACAAACUGUUAUCCCCACUGUGGGGUCUUUGUGCGAACGGUGCCCCAUAAGACUGGGUGAUCUGUUCACAGCAGUCACCCUAUCAUCUCUGGAUAUCUCCAGCGAUUGCCUGUGCAGUGAUCUCAAUGCGUCAGACCGUCUGUUCAGUGCUCUUCCCUCGAACUCUUUUGUUGCUGUGCCUCGCAAUCCAGACGCGUGGCCGAUGUUCUCGCCGCCUCUCAUGUCGUUAUCGCCUCUCACGUCGCUCUCACCUCUCACGUCGUUCUCACCUAUCACGUCGCUCUCACCAUUCUCUCAAAUGUCGCCUUUAACUGAACUCGACAGCUUCACGCCAUUGUCGCUGUCACCUACUACUUCAUCAAUGUCACCAUUGUCCCUCUCCACCCUCUCAGAUCGCUCAGAUCGCACCGACACCUCUACUACCACCGUCACCUCAAAAUAUGAUCCAGAGCAACUGGCCAACCAGCGGUUUCAAUGUCCUAGGGACAGAGGGCAGAACUCGACCUGGACAGAGCGUCAGAGGAACUUGGCUAGCAAAGCCGUAGAACCAUCAAGCCUAUAUGAGCUGACUUCAAUGCUACAGACCAUUUGGACGUUGUUGCAUGCAUAUGCAAGGCUAUGCCUCAAAGCAUGCGAGACGGAGAUCAACACGGCUGAGGACGGCGGUGCGCAUGUCUUUCAGGCACUGCACUUUUCCUGGUACAAUCGGCAUUGCACUUCUGGACAUGACGCUCCAGACGUUCGGGGUAAAACCAACUACCAUCAGCUAAUACCCUACCCGUCGAAAGAUAUGACGACGAAUCACUCAAUCUACCAGUCGGUCAAGAACAUCCUAGGACCCAUCUUUGACUGGCUAGAUAAGAAGGCACAUACGAACAUCUGGACUCGGCUGGUCAUUAACCUCAACGUAGUGACAGCAGCGCACAGAGACAGCAAGGACGACGGCGUAUGCCUAGUCCUUGCAAUUGGUGAUUUUGAAGGCGGUGAGCUUGUCUUAUACGAACCAGGGCUGGUCGUGCCUCUUCGUAAUGGCGACUUUGUCAUAUUUCCGUCUUUUUACGGACGCUCGGAUGCUAUCGGAGUCUAUCGUCGCUGUCUCUCUUUCCUCAGUGCGCAUUCCGACAUGGUCAAGCCUGUUACUCGAUCCGUCGCAACCGAACAAGGCGCCGGAACACCACGAUCAACCCGGUCGACCAAGACCUCCAAGGCCGCAGGCGGCUCGAAGAAAACCACCAAGCAAACAAAGACUAAGGCGAACCAGGCGGCUGCCAAGAAGGAGCGGGAAAAAGAGAAGGGUCAACAAACAUCUACUAAACAGAAGCUUGCUGGCACCGAGGACAGAGACGUUGAUGAACAGGAUGGCACGUCCAAUGAUGUGGAGAUGGAGGAUGUGACCGCUGAGCAGCCUAAGGCACCUCAACCCAAACCGAAGCCAGCAUAUGGCAAAUCCGUCAAACCUGGAACCUCCUUGGAUGCCGGCGAGGAGGAUGUCGCGCAAAUGUUGUCUGAGAAGCCUAAGUCUGUCGUUGUCAAGUCGUCUUCGAGCAAGGACGAGGACGAGGACGGUGCACGCGAUGACGAUGACGAGGACGAGGGCGAGUACCAGGACCAGGAGUACGAUGAUGAUGAUGAAGAAGACGACGAGGAGGUCAUAGGGAGUGGGUCCGAGGAAGGGGAGGAUGAAGUUGAUGAUGUCCAGGAGGAGAACGACGGCGAUGUCAUAGUCGUGUCUGAGACGAAGGCGAAAAGCAAGCCUGCUCGCGAGCAGGGGACUGUCGGUGAACGCAACAGUAGCAACCGCGUCAAGGUAGCCGACCUGCCCGCCAGUGUCAAGUCCCUUGUAUCUGCCGCGCAGAACUGUCUGCGCCUCCAUAUUGCCCUCAAGGCUGCCUGGACUAAGGAGACGUCGAUUACCUCUAACCGCCUGCCUUCCAGUGACAAGAUGAUUGGUGCAUGCCUUCGCGAAGCGCAUCUUGGACGCGGGAAGAGCAAUAAACACAAUGCAGACCUGAAGAACACAUUCCAGAUGCUGCAAGGCCCGAAGGCAAAGAAGGACGGGGACCCGAAGGCAAAGAAAGCGGAAGUUCGGAAGGAGAUGACAGAUGAAGAACGAGAGGCGAUGAGAAAGAAAGUCUACACCGUGACACGAAAUGAGCUCAAGAAAAAGGCGAAACAGGUCGUUGAGCAGGUCUUCAAGCUCAAUGGUCUGUCCGUGGCUCAAAGGACUGAGAUCGCCGGCUGGCUUCUAGAGACACACUCCACGACGGUCACCGACGGCAGUCGUAAACACAACAUCGCCAAUUUUGUCUUCGGCGGCAUAGAGUUCCACUUCGACCGCAAGAAGAAGUUGGACAGAGAGCAUACGAAGGUCGAGCCGACGGAACCGUUCCGAAGUGAUUGCAUUCCAGAGCUGAUCUACCAGUAUUAUGGCCUGGCGGGACGCCCAGAUGCGAGUAUCAACUCUGCAUUUGAAGAGUUCAGCAAAGUACCGCUGAACCUUAUUGCCCUCUCGUGCAAUGCACUAGUUAUCUUAGAUUCGGUCGAGCUAGGCUUGACUAAUUGA